AUGGUCGUAACGCGCAGUGGCAAGUCUACCACUGCCGUGAUAGCCAAAGUCCCACCAGAGAUUCUGGCCUGCAUCUUCCAGUGGUUUUGUUCCCACUGCUGCAACGAGUACAAAUGGCCCUUCGGACCUCCGCCCGGUUCGAAACAAGCUCACGACACCAAAGCGCUGAUGAGACUCUGUCGCGUUUCCCGAUCAUUUCGAAAUGUUGCCCAAGAAAUACUUUUCCACUCGUUUCACUAUGACGAUCCCCCGCGAGGGACAUCAUCUCACAGGAGGAAUCGCUGGUUGUUCCGCCUUGAACCUUUCCUUCAGACCGUUGCUGCGCGUCCGGAUCUGGCGCGCUGUGUUAAAGCAGUCUUUCUCUCAAGAUUUUUAUAUGAAAGUCUAGACUUUUGGCAAAGUCGGAAAGCUUUCCAUGCUUGCGUUCGUGCCUUGGGAAAAGAUCCUCAGGUGAUGUUUGGUGAGGUUCACAAAGGUUCGACCUCAUCUGCGAAGCAAGCAUUCUUCAGGAGUCCUGUAGAUCCGUGGCUAGCUGAUGGUCGUCGACCUGAGGACUUUUGCCCAGAACUGUUCUCUGUACUUGUGGCUAUCCUUCCCAACCUGGCCCAUCUCGCGGUUUCGAAAAACUCUUCCUGCCGAAGUCGGCCGGCGUCUUGGGACAUUCUGCCAGGCAUUCUUGAUAGCUUUGGCAUUGAGUGCCUCCCUAUUCAGACGAUCGAGACUCAUGCCUUACCCAAGAACUUGCUUCGCCGUUGCACGAAGCUUGAAACAUGGAUUACUGAUGGGUGGCACGACUUUACCGACAUGCCCACCGUCAAAUAUCUGCAUCUGCGACAUACAGAAAGGCACCCGAGAGUUGACUACAGCAAAUGCAUAAAGGCGUGUAGCGGUGGGUUAACCAUAAUUUCCUGCGCCAAUGCAACGGAAACCCUUUUCGAAGCUAUCGAUAUACCCAGACUCCACGAUAGUCUUGAGAUUUUGCACCUCGACUCCAGACGCAUUACACCGAUACCCAGCUUGACGAAGUUUGACAACCUGAAAUACCUCUUCCUACAAACACAUGGAAUCUACGGAAUGCUUCCUGUCAGCCAAUCUCCCCUUUGCUCCCAGUCCAUCGCCAAGAUUCUACCGCGCAAUCUCGUCGUUCUCGCCGUUAGUUCAAGUUCUCAUACACAGGACCGCUGGGAACGGGACUUAUGUGAGGCUCUUGCAAGCGAGGACGAUUUGUUUCCGGACCUAGGGGGUGUAAUUAGCAAUGAAGAAAUCUCUCGCAAGGAUCUUGCAGAGCUUUGUGACUUGCUUGGCCUCGAAUGGGUUUGUCAGAAGGAAACAAGACCCUCUAUAAAUUCUUCCUAUUCCAGUCGCCAAGAUACAAUAUGA